ACAGGAAGGCGCGUGGAGCCGUGUCUCCUAGGACCCGGAUUGAGGCAAGAUGGCGGGCUCGCAGUGAGCAGCUGUCAAGGGAUGAAAAUAGGUAUGCCUAGAAGCAGAUUUUAAAAGAAGUUUCUCUUCAAAUCAUUUUCUUUCGUAACAGCUGAUAAGCAUCUUGAUUCACCAUGGCAUUAGCAGCAGUAAAAUGGGCAAUAUCAAGCAGAACCAUCUUGAAACAUUUAUUUCCAAUUCAAAACGGAGCUUUAUAUUGUGUUUGCCAUAAAUCUACGUAUUCUUCUCUUCCAGAUGACUAUAAUUGCAAAGUGGAGCUUGCUUUGACCUCUGAUGGCAGGACGAUAGUCUGCUACCACCCUUCUGUGGACAUUCCAUAUGAACACACAAAACCUAUCCCUCGGCCAGAUCCUGUGCAUAAUCAUGAAGAAACACAUGAUCAAGUGCUGAAAACCAGAUUAGAAGAAAAGAGUGAACACUUAGAGCAAGGACCUAUGAUAGAACAACUUAGCAAAAUGUUCUUUACUACUAAGCACCGUUGGUAUCCUCGUGGACAGUAUCAUAGACGUCGUAAGAAACUGGAUCCUCCAAAAGACAGAUGAUACUGAGGUUUUCAGUAAUCAAAGAGAAGUGUUAUCCUGGGUCUCAUUUGCCAUUUGAGGAAAUGCAGUUGGGUAUAUUCACUAAAAUGUUAUAUAGUAAAAUAAUAAUAAAAUUUCUUUUUUUGUAUUA